AUGUAUGUUGAACAGGACCCUCCGGAAGAAGCAAUGCUGUCCGCCGACGGUGCACUGACUGGAGACAAGAAAAAAGAGGACCGGUUAGGAGAAGAAGACGACCGACUGGAGGAGUCUGAGGCCAUUUUCUUUCAUGGUAGUCCAGCGGAAGCCCCCGUUGCUUGCGAGAGGCUCCAUAUUGUUAAAGAGCACUCCGGCUUCCUUGUCAACGCCCACUGGAGUCCUGACGGUGCCCUCUUAGCCACUUCGGACUCCGGCGUUCUCAUCGUGUGGCUCUUCGAUCCCCUCGGGCUCGAGAUUUGCUCAAGACUUUAUUCUGUCACUGCUACCAGCGAAGUAUUCGACUUUUGCUGGCUGGAUAGCGCUAUCCUUGUCCUUGGAGGCAUUACCAAAAUCAUCUUCUCUCAUCGCGGCACAACCAUUUUCGAACUAGAUCUCCCCGAUGGCGCAUUCUGCAAGGGAUUGAAAGCCCAACGCUCCGACCAGAACUACUCCGACCACUCGGACCAGAGCCAUUCUGACCAGGCAUCGGACCAGCGCGGAUACAAGAGCUACCUGUUAUGUGUCGCUACGAGCACGAAACAACAUUUAUUCUACAGAGUCCUUCUUUCAGAGGGAUUUGAUGACCCACACACAGCACUCUCUCUGCAAACUGAACUGCUCUGGGAAGUGGAGGAGAAACUCUUCGAAGGUGGAGACGUGCCCCUGCUGCGCAGUCCUUCCAUCGACCCCACUGGGCAACUCGUAUGCCUCCCGUACGGCGAACGCCGGCGUCAAUUCUUCGCCGUUUGUUGCGACCUGCGCUCCAGACGCAACUUCCGACUCCGUGGCCACCAAGCACGCAUAAGCUGCGCCGCUCUCGCCAACACCUGGCACCAAUUUCCCAUACCGCCCUCUGCCUUUAUACCCCUUAACGAAGCUCUCGUUAAUGUACUCGACGACGAUAAAAUAACAAACGACGGUCAGUCUUUCUCCUUCACCUUGCUUGUCCACUACUCCACCCUUGCUUGUCCACUACUCCACCCUUGCUUCUCCACCCCCCCCUGCUUCUAA